GUGGGAAGAGCAAAUGGACAGGCUUCAGAAGAUAUCCCUUCUCCUCUCAGCCUGUUUUUUCCUGCCCAAAGAGAACUUGAGAUACCCAUGUUGCAAAAAACUAAGGAAGUUACAAAAUGGAGGAGUUAAAAUACAAAAUGAGGCUUCUGAGGAGUCAUGAACUACAAGAAAUUCUAUUUUGGCUGUCAAAAACCCCAUGGAAGAUCGCUUAAGAAAGCAAAUUCACAGGAACUGUCUUUACUUAAUGAUACCUAUUGCAGAGACAGCCUUAUAAACCACCACCACUACUGAGCUUUGUGUAGCUGCUUACCCUGUCCCAGAUCCAAGGUGGUGUGUCUGCCCAUGGCAUGAGCUGGGAUCGUGCUCUGGAUCAGCAGUUGUGGCCCAUGGUUUGAUGAGCUUCCACUGGAUGGUGCACUCCAGAAACACGUUUGGAUGUUGUCACGAGUGGGUGGGAAUGGAAGUGAAUGUGAGUAGGUCUGAAUGCUGGUUACUGCUUUAAAUACUUCCUGUGAGGGUGGUGGAACACGGGAACCUGUUGCCUUGAGAGGUUUUGGGGUCUCCAUCUUUGGCAACACUCAGAACAUGAUGUCCUAAGGGUCCUGCGUUGAGCAGAGAUGUUGGGGUUCAGAGCUCCCUGUUCUCAGGUUCUGUGAAAUGCCUGUUGGAAACCGUUUUGGUUUGGAGUUCCCUUUUCUUUCUAAGGCAGAUAAGGUGGUUAAUGUUGAAAUAGCAGAUACAUUUUAACUGUAAAACACCCCAUACUAAGCCAAGAUGAGGACUGGCGUGACCGUAUUUAUCCUAUGGAUGGUCAGUGAGGCCUUUAUCCUACAAAAUCAAAAUGCUUUCUAUUAGGAAGGGAAUCCCUAUUAUUCCUGGAAGCAGGAAUCUUAGUUUUGCACCAGUAACCAAUUGUGGAAGCUUGAUAAGGGAAAGGGAACCCGUAUGUCAUGUGAACAUGACAGGCAUUGCUGAUUGUGGUUAAAGUGGCCUCGUGCAUAUCCUCCUGCCUGCUGAGCAUUUAAACCACAGCAGGUUGUGAUUUGAGAUGUGGUUCUCAUUUCCUGAGGCAGGUUUGGAGGGUGCGGCAGCAGAUAGCUUCUGUCUGGCUUUCACAUAUUAGCUGUCAAAGUAAAUAAUCAGAAGUAUUAGUCAGUCAUCAUUACUAAUAUAUCUUGAAUAACUAAUGAAGUGCUCCUAAGCUGUGCAUUAGGCUGCUGUUUGCCUAAUGCUUGGAUGUAUAUUACUGUAAUUCUAAUUUAAUCACUUAAGUCUUCUCUACCUGAUGAGAUUUCUUGGCAUAACAAUACAGAAACUUCAUUAAAAACUGCUUUUAUGCUGGUUAAGCUGGGAUUGCUCCCUUUGUAGGCAUUUUCUUCCAGAAUGAGCACCAUGUUAUUUAGGAAUCAGUACUCAUGUUUGGAAGUGGAGUAUUUACUGGAUUAUCAGAAUUUAGUCUUGGAAUACUGCAUCUAACUGGGAAUUCCUACCAGUUUAACUGUAACAGUUGUUAUCUAUGGUUCUACCAGGAGUAUUCUUCCAGAAUCGAGACAUACCCAUCGAGACACUGGAAAGUGGUGGCUCAAUGCUCAUGUUUUCAUAGUCCUGAAAAGAACAGUGGGAAAUGCCUGUAACAAGAAGUAGCUGCUGUAGGAAAACAGGAUUUCAAAAUGGUUUCUGAGACCCCUGAUAACAGGACAGAAGCUCUCAGAUACAUGACAUUUUAUGGUGUUUUCCACUUUUUGCUGGAGAUCAGCCUCUUAAAGUCUUUGAAUACAUCCUUAGGCUUUCCAGCUAAGCAGCCAGGGUGUGAAGGCCCCAAAAAGGUUGACAACAACUGAACUGUUUCUCAUGGUAUAGCAACAAAUUCCUGCCCUGCUUUCUGCUUCUACUGCCAGUAGAGAGUUCUCAUGGACUGGGUCUUGUUUUGAUGUCAUUACCCAAGUGAGUGCUUCACUGGAACGUGUUACCAGAUGAGCUGGAAGAAAAGGGCUGCCUGGGAAAAGACAGGCAGUGAAAACCUGUGCCAUUUUCUGCAUGCUGUUCAUGGGAAGCGCUUAUUCCAGGAGAUGUGUUUCCAAAGAAAGAAGGAUGUAGGAAGUCCUGCACACGUGCUUUGAACAAAGCAUGGACACAAACAAAACAAUCUUGGUUUAUCCUCCAGAACUUAAUUCACACCUCAGUUUCAGUAAGACAUUGAUGCACACAUAGGGGUGGAUGUUGUCGCCAAAGAGAUUAAUGGAAAUCAUAAAGUGUAUCCAGACUCUGCUGGUUAUAGAAACUAAAGCUGAAAACAGUUCUGGUUUGGACAAAGAUCGGCGGUCGUUCAGGUUGUUUCUUUACAUCUAGUUUUGUUGUUCAGGCUGAGGAACGUCUCUUUGGUUACACACCUUGUGGGCUAUUUCUCAGUCCAGUGCUGACAAUCAUCCUAAUAGCAGCCCUGUGAUGCUGGGUCUUCCACCUCUGUGUGUCUCUGGAGACACUGAGCUUUAUUCUCAGCACUUUUCAAAGCAAUUCUCAAAGAAAUUCCAGUUCCUGGAUAAUGGCUGUUUCUGAGGGAACCAGGAACUUGCCUCAUUUCCUGUUCUGGAGGCAUCACGUUGGCCCAGAGAAGGAAUAGGCUAACAGCUUGUCUGGCAGCCAGGGAAUCAGUUGAUUCUGAUCUUGGAUAAGAGGCGGAGUUUUAUCCCUAAAGGAAGGAGUUCCUGAAAGGUUUUCAGAGGAAAAAAAGGGAGGAGUGUGGCUUCAGAAGCCACAUUGUGGCAGUUGUGAUGGAAACAUAGUUUAUAUACUGCACCUUCAAAUGAUACACUACAAUAGUGAGGAAGAGAUGAAUAAAUGCCCAGGUUAAAACUUUGCUUACUUGUUUGUCAAGACUGGCCAUGGCUUUUGUCCAUCCUUGUUUAACUUGAGCGGCUUUAAAUGUUUGAAGAACAGGAUUGAUUCUUCAUAAGGGCAGCAGUAAUUCUGGGUGCCUGUGGAGAAGAAACCAUUCCCUUCUCAUGCUCUGUUGGAGCAUGGGAGUUGUUCCUUCUGCAGACACCUGAAAGGCAGUUGCAGCUUCACGCAGUGUGCUCCUGAGGAUGGAUUUAUGCCCUCAGCUCUGCAGGCCCCUCAGUUCUUUUGAGAUACUUUCCCAGUGUGGAAUUAGUCUGAGUUGCUCAGUAAAGGACAAAUGUAGCUCCUCUGCCAUGCUCUGACACAGUAUUUCAUCCAGGUACAUUUAAGUGGGCCUUUACUUCAUUCACUUUUCUUGCUAAAUGUUAACUAAACUCCAGUGUAUGUAAUUAGAGGGAGGUUUAGACCAGGAAGACUUUUGAGUUCUUUCUGAGGGUGUAUUGUAUAAAAAGACACCUAUGGACAGAUGUACAGUCAGUGCAAAUAACCAGUAUCUCAAACCAUGAAACACUGUGUCAGUUAAGGCUUUGUGUAGUUUUACAUGGAUUUGGUAGGCUUUGGUCUCUGGAAUCUUUUCCAUCUAAUUCUUACAGGAACUUCCUUUGUGAUUUUGCUGUUAUGUGUGUAUGUAUUUCAGUGUUUAGGAGUCAGACAAAGCAACAAAGCCAUUAAGUGGAUUGUGAACAGUUUUCAGAACCAUUAUCUAUUUAUUUGAAGGUACUAUACGAAAUGUCUGUGUGUAUUCCAGUAUCCUGGAGAAAUAUUCCUCAGUUGCCUUUCUUGGAGCCCAGAAUGACUCCCAGGUCAUACAUGAAUACGUAAGACUUGCAGAUUUUUGUCAAGCAAAGGGGUUGUGCCAGUUUAAUAAACUGUUUCCUCCUGAGUAGCAGUUAGUGCUGCCCCAGUUGAUAUCUAUAAAAAUAUGUAUUUAAACUUGUAUGCAUUUGGAUUAGUUUUCCUUAGCACUGUUACAGCUGAACUCAACAGCCAGUAGUUUCUCUCCAGAGCUCAAGAUAAUGGGCUGAGAGGAGGAGAAUGAAGUGAGCUGCUGAAGCUGUAGGAUGUACCUCCAUUGGCAAGCGGCUUCCAAGAGACCUUCUGCCAUGGGGCAUGUAGCUUCUUGCUACUAUUAGCUUGACCUAAUAUGAGGAACUUGGAGAGCGUCGUUGCAGAUUUGCUUACAAUCAAAUACAUGACCAUGGGGGAUAUGAAGACCCCAGAUUUCGAUGACCUUCUUGCAGCCUUUGACAUACCAGACAUGGUUGAUCCAAAAGCAGCUAUUGAAUCUGGCCAUGAUGACCAUGAAAGCCACAUCAAACAGAAUGCUCACACAGAUGAAGAUUCUCAUGCCCCAUCAUCGUCUGACGUUGGUGUGAGUGUCAUUGUGAAGAACGUGCGCACUAUUGAUUCUUCCGAAGGAGUGGACAAGGAUGGGCACCAUUCCACAGGCAAUGGCUUGCACAAUGGCUUUCUAACCUCAUCGGCUCUUGAUAGCUACAGUAAAGAUGAAGGGAAGUCACUUAAAGAUGAUGGGUCAGCUUCUGAGACUACACUGAAGGAUUCAGCUUUCAACCAGUUUAGCCCCAUAUCAAGUGCUGAAGAAUUUGAUGAUGAUGAAAAGAUUGAGGUGGAUGACCCCCCAGAUAAAGAGGAGAUGCGGGCAAGCUUCAGAGCAAAUGUCCUGGCAGGAUCUAUAUCUCAGCAGGAAUAUGACAAACUAAAGGCACUUGGAGGGGAGAACUUGAUUAAAUCUGGAAUCUCAGUUUCAAGUAGUCUAGAUAAAAGUAAAGCUGCUAAACGAGAGGCAGAGACAAACUCCAUGAACUUAAGUGUCUAUGAGCCUUUUAAAGCUCGCAAACCAGAGGACAAACUGCUAAAAGACAGUUCUGAGAAGCUGCUUGAAAACAGGGUACUUGAUGGAAAACUGAGUGCUGAAAAAGGCGAAGCAAAUCUUGCCAGCAUUUCACAGUCCAAAGCAAAGUCAUCAGCAAAGCUCUCUUCGUGCAUUGCUGCGAUUGCAGCACUGAGUGCUAAAAAGGCAGCUACAGAUCCCAGCAAAGAUUUACAGUCUAAUUCAGGAGAAUCUUCUCCUCUUCCAAAAGACAUGAGUGAAAGUCCCCGGGCUGUUGAAAAAUCACCUGAAUCUCAGUGUCUCAUUGAUGGUGCUAAAAAGCCGUCCAUCAAGCCACCUGACAGUCCCAGAAGUGUGUCCAGUGAGAACAGCAGCAAAGGGUCUCCCUCUUCUCCUGCAGGGUCAACACCAGCAAUUCCUAAAGUUCGCAUAAAAACCAUCAAGACUUCUUCUGGGGAGAUCAAGAGAACUGUUACUCGAGUGUUACCAGAGGUUGAUCUGGACUCUGGUAAAAAGCCAGAGCAGAAUGCUUCUCUGGUAACUUCCAUGACAUCUCUGCUGUCCUCGCCAACCUCUGCUGCUGUGCUUUCCUCUCCUCCUAGAGCUCCUCUCCAGUCCACAGUUGUCACCAAUGCAGUUGCAUCUGCAGAACUUGCACCAAAACAGGUCACUAUCAAACCUGUGGCUACUGCCUUUCUCCCUGUUUCAGCAGUUAAAACAGCAGGUUCUCAAGUGAUUAAUUUGAAGCUUGCUAACAACACCACAGUGAAAGCCACUGUAAUAUCUGCUGCCUCGGUGCAGAGUGCCAGCAGCGCCAUUAUAAAAGCUGCCAACGCCAUACAACAGCAGACUGUUGUGGUGCCAGCAUCGAGCCUUGCCAGUGCUAAACUUGUGCCAAAGACAGUCCAUCUUGCCAACCUUAACCUUCUGCCUCAAGGUGCUCAAACCACCUCUGAACUCCGCCAAGUGCUAACAAAACCUCAGCAGCAGAUAAAGCAGGCAAUAAUUUCUGCAGCAGCCUCACAGCCUUCUAAGAAAGUGUCUCGAGUCCAGGUGGUGUCAUCUCUACAAAGCUCCGUCGUGGAAGCGUUCAACAAGGUGCUGAGUAGUGUCAAUCCUGUCCCAGUUUACAUCCCAAACCUGAGCCCCCCUGCCAGUGCUGGAAUAACGUUACCAACGCGAGGUUACAAGUGUCUGGAGUGUGGUGACUCCUUUGCUCUCGAGAAGAGCCUGACCCAGCACUAUGACAGGAGGAGCGUGCGGAUCGAGGUGACCUGUAACCAUUGCACAAAGAACUUAGUUUUCUACAACAAGUGCAGUCUCCUUUCCCAUGCCCGUGGCCACAAGGAGAAAGGAGUUGUAAUGCAGUGUUCCCACCUCAUCUUAAAACCAGUCCCAGCAGAUCAGAUGAUAGCAUCUCCUUCAAGCAAUACAGCUGCAUCCAUGCUUCAAAGCCCCGGGGGGGUCAGCACACACACGGUCACCAAGGUCCAGCCUGGCUUGACGGGGACAGUGAUCUCGGCCCCAGCAAGCACGCCUGUCAUCCCAGCCAUGCCCCUGGACGAAGACCCCUCGAAACUCUGUAGACAUAGUCUAAAGUGUUUGGAGUGCAAUGAAGUUUUCCAAGAUGAGACAUCUCUUGCAACUCAUUUCCAGCAGGCUGCAGACACAAGUGGACAAAAGACAUGCAAUAUCUGCCAGAUGCUGCUUCCUAACCAGUGCAGUUUUGCAUCACACCAGAGAAUUCAUCAGCAUAAAUCUCCAUACACGUGUCCUGAAUGUGGAGCAAUCUGCAGAUCUGUCCACUUCCAGACUCAUGUCACUAAGAACUGCCUGCAUUAUACCCGAAGAGUUGGUUUUCGCUGCCUGCAUUGCAAUGUUGUAUACUCUGAUGUGGCGGCACUCAAGUCUCAUAUUCAAGGUUGUCACUGUGAAGUCUUUUACAAGUGUCCUAUCUGUCCCAUGGCAUUUAAAUCUGCUCCCAGCACACACUCCCAUGCCUACACACAACACCCCGGUAUCAAGAUAGGCGAACCAAAAAUAAUAUAUAAAUGCUCUAUGUGUGACACUGUGUUUACUCUACAACCUUUGCUCUAUCGCCACUUUGAUCAGCACAUUGAAAACCAGAAGGUGUCUGUUUUCAAGUGUCCAGACUGUUCUCUUCUAUAUGCACAGAAACAGCUUAUGAUGGAUCACAUCAAGUCUAUGCAUGGAACUUUGAAAAGUGUGGAGGGGCCACCAAACCUGGGGAUAAACCUGCCUCUCAGCACUAAACCCACCACUCAGAACUCCGCCAGUCACAACAAAGAGGACACAAAGUCUCUCAACGGCACGGAGAAGCUGGAGAAGAAAUCCCCUUCUCCCAUGAAGAAAGCAGAGCCUAAAAAGGUGGCGAAUCCUGGCUGGACGUGUUGGGAGUGUGACAGGCUCUUCACUCAGAGGGACGUGUACAUCUCUCACAUGAGGAAAGAACAUGGGAAGCAAAUGAAGAAACAUCCAUGUCGACAGUGUGACAAAUCUUUCAGUUCAUCCCACAGUUUGUGUCGGCACAAUCGCAUCAAGCACAAAGGCAUCAGGAAGGUUUAUACCUGCUCGCACUGCCCAGAUUCAAGACGUACUUUUACCAAGCGGUUGAUGUUGGAAAAGCAUAUUCAGUUGAUGCAUGGCAUUAAAGACCCUGACGUGAAAGAAAUGACCGAAUCAACAAACACAGAAGAAAGGGAAGUAAAGGAAGACACAAAGGUUCCUAGUCCAAAGCGUAAACUGGAAGAACCUGUACUGGAGUUCAGGCCUCCACGAGGUGCAAUCACUCAGCCACUGAAGAAGCUAAAGAUCAAUGUCUUCAAAGUUCACAAGUGUGCUGUUUGUGGCUUUACAACAGAAAAUCUUCUCCAGUUCCAUGAACAUAUUCCUCAGCAUAAAUCUGAUGGCUCCUCGUACCAGUGCAGGGAAUGUGGACUCUGCUACACAUCCCACGUGUCCCUUUCCAGACAUCUCUUCAUUGUACAUAAGCUGAAGGAGCCUCAGCCAGUAUCAAAACAGAAUGGCUCUGGGGAGGAUAACCAGCAAGAGAACAAAGCCAACCAUGAGGAUGAGUCAUCUGACAGCACAGCAUCGGACAGAAGGUGUAAAGUGUGUGCAAAGACUUUUGAAACUGAAGCGGCCUUAAACACUCACAUGAGAACACAUGGCAUGGCCUUCAUCAAGUCAAAAAGAAUGAGCUCAGCUGAGAAGUGACCAGAGGACUUGGGAUGCAGAAACCUCUCUCCACAUUGGAAUACUAAGGACAUUUUUGCUACAGAAAGCUCAAGAUAUAAUAGUGUUCACAGGACUGUUCAGGCUGUUGCAAUAUAUUCUGCAUAAAAGUGUCCCCUUCACCUCAUUGUCUGUACCCUCAAACCCAUUGAAGCAGUAUUUGAGUUGAAAAGAGUUUGUAUAUAUUUAAACUAAUAACUUUUAUACUCUUUGUUAUGUGUUUGUAUCGUAUCUAGUGGCAAAUUUGGGUUUUCCUGUUUUGUUUCUCUUAUUUUUUUUUGAGUAAGUUUCUUUUCAGAGUUCUGAAUGCUGGGGCAGUUCCUUUGCUUCUCUCAAACUGUUUCUUGUUUGGAUGCUUCUGAAGGCAGGUUCAGCUGAUGGAAGUGCAUCAGAAGGCUGUGCCUGGAGGGGAAGCAGGCUAAGGGAGACUUUACAUUCAAAGAACUUGUGCUUCCACAUGCCCAAGGCAGCUUUUAAACUUUAUUUUAAAAAUAUGUAUACAAAAAAGACAAAACCAAGAUAAAGUAGCACUGCACGGGUGAGCUGCAGUGCUGGGGUUGGGUGGCAACACCAGAAGAGGUGCAGAUCCCCUAGAAUGCUCGAGUACUUUUGAGAAGUAUAAUUGCACAACUCUGUAUCAUGAAGUGAUUUUUUAGGCCACCAGGUGCUUGUGAUCAAAGCUCCCAUUGUUCCAAAAGGGCUGGGCUGCUCUGGAGUUAACAAAUAAGAUGUAAUUAGAGGAAUAGGUUUAUAAUGAUGAUGUUUUUUGUCAUGUAAUUUAUUAAACACUCUGUAGGAGCGGGUACACAGCAUUAUGUAUGUUCCUUUACUUCUGGUAUUGAAAGAAACUAGUUAACCCUUGCUACAGGGGUUGGCUCUGCCCAACUCUGCUCAUGCCAAACAUUCUGGUGCUCAGUGUCUGGAGAACCACAAGCAACAGGAAGCUGACAUGCAGCCUGUGUACGUGCACCGGCUCAGGCAGCUGGUUCAGCCCUUUCUGACACGUGCUGGGGUCCCUGGCUGCGCUUUCACCACGUACAACAAGGUACCACACUGUCCCUUUCAUAUAGAGUUCUCUGUGAGAGUUAUAUUUUUGGUUUGGUUUUGCAUUUUAUACCUUGUAUGUAUCCCUAAAAAAGCAAUUUUGUACUUUUUUUUAAAACAAAUGGUGUAUAUAUAGAUAGCUGCAUGAUAGCCAGUAGUAACUGUUCGGUUCCUUAAAGUCUUGCUGCUGUCAGAUGUUACUAUACACUAUGUCCAUUACGACUGUAUUAAACACAUUUCAUAUGUAAAUAAAUGUGGAGCAUUUUGCCCCGAAA